AUGAUCUCUAGACUACUAUUGUGCAGCCUCUUUCUGACAUCAGUUGCCUCGGCAGUGGAAGUUUCCUUAAUAUCUCAGAAUGUAUGGUUCAUCUUAACUGCUUCCGUUCCAGCCAUGGAUCGGAUUCCAGACUACAUUGCAGAGUUUAGAAGUGGUACCUACGAUAUUUUAUGCUUACAAGAAGUUUGGUCGGGCACACAGACAACAUAUCCAGAUUUAUUAUUUGAAGGACUGAAGGAAGUUUAUCCUUACAAUGUGUCGACAGAACCACGACCACUUACGGGAUUGAAUUUGGGGUUGGAUAGUGGCCUAAUGAUUUUGUCCAAGUAUCCUAUCGAGUCCUUUGCCUUUCACCAGUAUGGCAACAGCUCAGGCAUUGAUGCCUUCAGUGGUAAGGGAGCUAUGACAGCACACAUCAAGGUUCCCGAUGACGACGGCUCGACUCGAGAUUUGAUCGUGUCCAACACUCACUUGAAUGCUGGUGGGCCAUUGGAAAUCCGGUUGAACCAAGCACGAGAAAUGCGAAAUUCCAUUGACCGUUUUUUGAAGAACUUAGAAGAAACCGAAGGCUUGGAUAUUGACAAGGUACCUGUCUUUGGACUCGGAGAUUUCAACACUGACGAGUGGAAUGACGAAUUGACCGAAGUUCAAGAGGGUUACCAACAACUUCUUGGUGUCUUGGGUCCCACUACGAAAGACAUCUUCCGUUCUCUUUAUCCGCCCGAUGUCGAGGUGGGAUUGACUACCAGCUCGAGUCGAAUUGACUUUGUAUUUGGCCUGUCCGGAGAGUACACAGUCGUAAGUGCUGGAGUGGACGGGUUUGUGCAAACGGCAAAUCCAGCAUUCCGACUCAGCGAUCACUUGGGUGCCCAUGCUACCGUCAAGUUGGAACCAUUGUCGGCAAACGGGGGUGCUUCCUCUACGGAAAGUUCGGAUUCGAGCAUGUUCGGCCUGUGCUGGUCUACGAUGUCUCUCCUGUUUCUAUUCUCAUCACACUUGAUGACAUAUGCUUGA